GACGCGUAGAGACGGUUGCGGCGGGACACGCUCCGUGACGCAAGAAGGUACUUACCAAGCCCAAGUUUCGGUAUAUGAACUUCAGAUAUCCGCCUCUCAAACUUAAAUUGCGUGUAAGAUCGUCGACUUGAUCAGUCCACUUCAAUUGCACCUACGUUUCAACAUGCCAGACUCAUACUUGCCAAAGGAUUUCCUGUGGGGUUUUGCAACAGCCAGCUAUCAGAUUGAAGGAGCUCCUGCAGAGGACGGCCGUGGAGACUCAAUUUGGGACACCUUCUGCCGCAUCCCCGGCAAGAUUGCAGGCGGCGAGUCCGGCGAUGUUGCGUGCGACUCAUACCACCGCACCGACGAAGAUAUUGCCUUGUUGAAGCAACUCGGCGCAAAAUCAUACCGCUUUUCGCUUUCGUGGUCCCGCAUUAUUCCACUUGGUGGACGGAACGAUCCCAUCAACCAGAAGGGUAUUGACCACUAUGUUCAAUUCGCCAAAGACUUGCGCGCUGCUGGCAUUGAACCGCUAGUAACACUUUUCCAUUGGGAUCUUCCUGAAGGCCUUGAUAAGCGGUACGGCGGCUUGUUGAACAAGGAGGAAUUUGUAAAAGAUUUCGAGAACUAUGCCAGGGUGUGUUUCAAGGCCUUCGGGUCGACUGUCAAACUAUGGAUCACCUUCAACGAGCCGUGGUGCAGCUCCAUUCUCGGUUACGGUACGGGUCUGUUCGCGCCUGGCCGCACAAGUGAUAGGAGCAAGAGCAAAGAGGGAGACAGCAGCAGGGAGCCCUGGAUUGUGGGCCACAACCUCCUGCUCGCCCAUGGUGCCGCUGUCAAAGCGUAUCGCGAGGAUUUCAAGAAGCAGGAUGGCGGCCAAAUCGGUAUCACUCUCAAUGGUGACUGGACCGAACCGUGGGAUCCGGCUGAUCCUAAAGACCGUGAAGCAUGCGACCGCAAGAUUGAGUUCGCCAUCUGCUGGUUUGGCGACCCAGUUUACUUUGGUAAAUACCCAGACUCCAUGCGCAAGCAGCUCGGCGACAGGUUGCCUGAGUUCACGCCGGAGGAGGCCGAGUUGGUCAAGGGCAGUAAUGACUUCUACGGUAUGAACCACUACUGUGCAAAUUACAUCAAACACAAGGACACAGAACCGGAGCUAGACGAUCAUGUCGGCAACAUGGAGAUUCUCAUGCAGAACAAAGAGGGUGAAUGGAUAGGCCCAGAGACACAAUCUGCCUGGCUCAGGCCAAUGCCCCUUGGCUUCAGGAAACUGAUCAAGUGGCUCAGCGACCGCUACGGUGGACCUACCUUCUAUGUGACCGAGAACGGGACAAGUCUGAAGGGCGAGAACGAACUACCUCUGGAGGAGCUCCUCAACGACGACUUCCGCGUUGAAUACUUCCGAGGCUAUAUAGGGGCCCUUGCUGAUGCUCACACCCUCGAUGGGGUUGAUGUCCGUGGUUACUCAGCCUGGAGUCUGAUGGACAACUUCGAAUGGGCCGAGGGAUAUACGACGCGAUUCGGUGUCACCUAUGUAGACUACGCGGGUGGCCAGAAGCGUCACCCUAAGAAAAGCGCGCGCGAGAUCUCGAAGAUCUUCGAUCAGUAUAUUGCAAAGGAGUAGACAAUUUCGUUAAGCUGGGUCGUGCAACGGGUGUGGCGUCACACGAGAUGAGCUGCAGAGAAUGUCAUCCUGUCCUUCUAGCAAUCUUCUAGCGCGCAUGCAAUCGAGCUUCGGCAGUCAAAUUCUGUUCCUUCAGGGAUUCCGGGGGUGCAUCCGUCUUGGGUAAGAAGCAGUACGCAAUAUUCGUCUCUCCGCAUGUGUUGAGGCGCACGCGCACGACUGACGCCCAAGGCGAGCCUCUUUCCUAUCGGUCCUUCGGAUGGUUACAGAGUGCAUUUACGGCAGAUCCAUUAG